AUGGAGUACAACAUAACUACAUGGCCAUUCAGAGAAAACCCAUGGAGUUCCAAGUUAAUUUGUAACAAGUUAUUAGUGAAAUGGACAGAAGGUGUUUAUGCGACGUGCAUAGCAUCAACAGUAUUGGGUUUCAUAUCAGCCUAUAUUUUGCCCGUAUUCCUAAUUAUAUCAUUUAUCAUUUAUACUACACUAACUAGUGUGUUAAUUGCAUCCAAUCAUAAAACUAGAUCGUCGAUUUACUUCCUUGGAUCACUGAUAUCAAAUAUACUUGUCAGUAUAGCGUAUGGCUUGUUUUGGUUUUACUUAACCAAAGGAUUACCGUAUGCAACAAAUGGUGAUAAAUAUUUCUUCCUGUUGUAUGUGUCCAUAGAUUCGUGUAAAUUUUUCCGUUUUUGGCAUUCGUUUUCUUCAAAUCUUAUGUGUAACUUUCUAUUGUGUGCAGCGGUUGAUCGUUAUCUAACUGUUUAUUUCCCGACAAAAUUCUCAAACCUACCAAACAAGUUCGCUUGGUAUGCUUUCGGUUCAGUCUGGCUCAUAAGCUUUCUUAUGACAAUUCCAUUUGCAAUCGUUAGCAGCUUGCUUGCUGUUGGAGGAAAGCUUCAUUGUUGGGUUACACCAGAGAGUAUCUAUUCUUUAUUUUACAAUGCUUUGGUAACAAAUAUGGGACCUGUACAACUAUCCAUCACCAUAA